GGGAGGGAGGGAGGAAGGAAGUGCCUCACUCACCUCACUUAUCAUCAUUAAUACAACACUUGUUUCUCCUCUUUUAUCACUUACAUAGUACAGUAAUAACCUCUCAAGAGACCUUCCACACAUCGUGUUCUAGGAAAAUAAUUAAGAAGGCACUGGACAGGCACCUGAAGUCAGUACCUGACCAGCCGGGCUGUGGUUCAUACGUCAGUUUGCGUGUGGCCAGCAGUAACAGCCUGAUUGAUCAGACCCUGAUCCACCACAAGGCCUGGUCCCAGACUGAACCGUGGGGGUGUUCACCCCCAAAACCCUCUCCAGGAGAAACCUACAGGCAGACACAAGUGCUUAGACCUGCUUUCGAGUGAUAAUAUAGUUCUCACUCGAGUACCUGCAGUGUCUACAAUGAAGACUAACUCAAAUAAUUCAUUUAAAAACAAAAAGAAAUGGCAUUCAAAUCAGCACAAGAAUAAGCGGCUGAGGCCCCAGAACAGACAAAACAAGCUGCACAUCAAGUUUGAUCCAAAUGACAGAAGAGAAUAUCUAACAGGAUUUCAGAAAAGGAAGAAGGAAAGGCGUGAAAAGGCCCACAAACAGAUUGAAAAUGGAAUUAAAAAUGAAAUGAAAAGGAUAAGGAAAGAUAGAGUUAAUCUGGUGAAGAAGUUGAUAUACCAAAAUCAAGAAGUGCCAGAGAGUGAGAAUGAUGAGGAAGACAGAAUAGAAAAUAGCAGUGUUACUGUUAAUAGCUGUGGAUCUGCAACUGUUGAAAUAUCUGGAAUUGACUUAGUCUCCGAUUUCCACAUUGGGACUAAUCAGAUGAAGCUUGGUAAUGCAAACCCAAAAACAACACCCACCAAAAGUGUAGCUGAAAAAUAUUCAGAAGAUGAGGAAGAAGAGAAGAUAGAUAAAGAAAAAUUAGACGAGCUUGGCAUUCAUAAUAAAAAGGAUUUGUAUCGCUCUUUAAAAAAGAGCUCCUUCCAGAUAAUGAAGAAAAGCCAUUUGAUGAAACUAAAACAAGCUAGAGAUGCAAAAAAACAGAAAAAAGCUCAGAUUAAGGCAAAUAAUCGCAAACAAAAAUUGAAAAAAAAGAAAAGAGACACAGGCGACCACCAUUAAAGAACAAGGGGCUUAGU